AUGAAGCUCCCCGAGCCCAAGGUCGCUCUGGAGAACAUAUGUUCAGUCAUCCACGACAACGUUCUCUACACAUACGCCGCUGGCGCUUUCCAGUCGUUGGCACUCGAAGAAGGCGCUAAAUGGAAGACGUUGACGCAAGGUGAAUCUGUUACGGGAGCCGUUUGCGUGGGCUCGAAUCCCAAGGAUGCCAGCCAGGCGGGCUUGUACAUCGUAGGGGGUAAAGGGGCAUCGGCCGACUAUCGCGGACUGCAGAAGUUCACCUACGCAACGGGCAAAUGGGAGUCCAUCACACCACAGGACCCCGUCACACAGAACCGACUUCUCCACGGAGCAACAUAUCUCCCCGGUACUGACCAGAUCAUCAUGUACGGUGGCAGCCAGGAUGGAUACUCGGGUCCGUCGACGCAGACUUUCGUGGUUGGAGCGUCAGCGCCUUACAACACCAGGGCCUACUCGUCGUCAGCGGCACCCGUCGUGAACCCCAUCCUCCUGCCGUGGUCCGAUACGCAGGCGGUCUUGGUCGGAGGCAGCACCACCAACAACAAGAUUAUGCUCUUUAACCCCGACGUGGCUUGGACCGACUCUGGCGCGACAUUGGCGGAACCUCUGAUGAAGGACACGACGGCCAUCAGAGCCGUCCUCAUCAAUGGAGAUGAUGGAAGUAAGAGCUUGUACACCUUUGACCUUUCAACGACACCGAACGAGGUCAAGCGAAUGGUUCUCAUCGAUGCCUCGGGUGCCCCCGUCGCCAACUCCGCUGCGGUUUCGAAGAAGUCCACGAGAGAUGCCACUGGCGAGUUCGAGAAGCGCUCGCUGACACUCAGUGACUGGCCCGCCUACAACCAAACGUUCGCGCCCGCGGGUACCCGGCUCAACUAUGCCCUUGCCCAGGGCUCUGACGGGCUCGUCGUGUUUGCCGGAGGCUCUGGGUCCGUCGAUGACCCUCUCUGCAUGUUCAAUGCGCGCGAGAACAGCUGGGAAGAUGCCGUCCAGAAACUGAGCGAGCAAGAAGUUCUCAUCACUAGCGAAUCAACGAGCUCGAUAAGCAGCACCACCGCGACCUCGACUGUUGCAAGCUCGAGCUCAUCCGGGACCUCCUUUUCGACCCUGCCCGCGUCCGUCAGCGCCUCCCCCUCUGGCUCGGCCUCGGCCUCAUCAUCCGCCAGUUCCGAGACCGCCGCUGUCGGUACCCCGGCUGCUGUCGGCGCCAACACCAUCCUCGGUAUCGUUCUCGGCACAAUCACUGGUGUUAUGAUUCUCCUUGGUCUGAUCUUGUUCUGUAUUCGACGACGACGUGGCAAGAAUCAGCAGAACGUCGAGGGUGGUCCGAACGCUAGGGGUAUGAGCCCGAGAGGCUUCCCUGACGAGAAGGCCGGACUUGGAUACGGCAACGACGACUUUGGCCCUGGCCCCAAUGGUCACUUCCGUGGUCACCAGCAGCAAGGAUCUGCGGGCUCCUUCUCCUCUAUGGCAAUUUUGAUGGGCAAGGUCAACGGCAACAACACUCCUAAGUCUGCUGGUGGCGCGCAUGGCGGUAGCAACCGCGAUAACUCGAACAGCUUCUUCAAGAGCACUAUCGGCAAGCCCAUACCUCAGAUGAACGAACAAUCUGCCCUCUCGCCCCCGUCUCGCGAUGAGAAAGGUGUCUCGUUCGCCGCCGAUGUCGUCGAGCCCCGCCCGACGCCCCGGGGAGCUCCCGUAGGCCGUGCCGGCGAGACGCGCAGAAGCUCAGGUUGGAACCGAUACUGGUCCGGCGGCAGCGCGCUCAACAUUCUCGGAUUCGGCAACUCGAAGCGGACGACCGUCGACUCGGAUCGAAGCUCUCACUACUCCAACACCAACUACAAGAACCGGAUAACACAGGACUCGGCCACUGUGCCUCCACUACAUCUCAUCACCCAGGACUUGACCACGGUCCCGCCCAUUCAGCACGAUGGCCGACCGGAGCUCAGCCGUGUCGUCUCGGGCAGUCCGACCGUAUCCAACUACUCGAACCAGAUCCCCUUCCGGGACGGAGUGUCUGCCACGAUUGAAUCCCCCCGAAGACCCACGUCUGACGCGUCCUCUGGAUACUCAAGCGGUAUCCCCGAGAGUGUCCGCGACGCAUGGGACCCUACCGGCCCCUCGAGACCCUGGGGUGCCAAUCGUGCGCCGAGCAGCGUGUACGCCGAGAGCCUCUACCCGACUUCGCUGGCGCCGAGCCUGCCGAACAGGCAAACCCAAAACGAGAUUCCGAUUGGUAUCAGCCAGCAGCCCCCUCUCGCCAUGGCGGCCACAUCGUCAGAUAUGAGCUGGCUCAACCUAGGCGAGAUCAACAAGCAAAACCGCAAAUAG